GGGGAAAGUGGGCGCGGUCACGUGGCCGGCUAGGGCGACGCUAACUCGCAGGCCGAAAAUCCUCCUGGCUUCCAUCCAAGUCUUGCUUAUCUCAACCUCUCCCACCUCCCCAUCUCUACACCCUGUCCUCUUUUACGGUCGGAGUCUGUUGCGGUCUCUGCUCCCGGCUUCUUGCUGCUCAGUGGAGACGGCUUUAUCCUACGCAUGCCUUUCUAGCCACUGAUGCCGGCCGCCGAAGCAUCCCCCGUCGCAUCUCCCGAGUCCGGUUUUGUCAAGAUGGAAGACCGGAAGAGAGCCGCCACGCAUGAGAACAAUGAAUCGGCACCACCGUUGAAGAAGCAAGCGACUUCUGUCAAUGGUGGUGGCAAGCCGCACCCUGACGCUGACAUGCCCUGGAAGGACGAUUUAGAGCGAUUUCAAAAGGAUGCGAUAUGGCGACAGAUGCAGGAGUACAAGCGUGAGAAGGUCUCCCUGGAGACAAAGCUGAGCCAGAUGUCCAAGGCUACCACCUACCAUAACGAACAUCUCCGUGUUAUCGACUCGUGGUAUAAACAGUUGAUUGAUGAGAUCAACAUCCUCCUGGGGACACCGGAAGAGAACAAGGUUUCCAAAGCUCCUUGCUAUUCGAUGAUUCCGAGAAUUUUGAGAGGCAUCUCAAGGCCCGUUCAGAUGAUAUCCGCGACGUGAUCUCACGUUUUCUUUCUACUUUGCCCAAGGUAUCGCCCGAUGUGUCCGAAUUGCAAAACCAACUGGCCAAGAAACUGGGAGAAGA